AUGGCUGCUUCCAACUCGACCCUGCCUGCUCCCCUUGGAAGUCCUCCUGUCUGGGCCGAAAAUCGUCAGGCUCUCUGUGAUGCCCUUCCUUACUUCAAGGCACACGAGGGAAGUAUGUACACCAAGGACAAGGUCAUCAAAGGUAUGCUUCUCAAUGCGUUCACCACCGUGCGAGACUUCUUGGGCUCAGAAGUUAUCAUCACCACUCUUGGUGGUGGCAGAGAGAGAAACAGCCAGGGAGACCUGGUCCGGGUCAGAGAAGCCCGACCCUUCAUACUGCCGUCCUGCCAUGCAGCCUCAGAGACCAAUGUCCCCAUCGGCAUAAUCCUUGGUUUACCUGUUGAAAUCAAGCAUUCAUUCAAUGUCCUUGCCUUCUUCAUCAUUACAGACAUCUGGUCUGAGAAGGACGACAGAGGCUUUGACAUCCACAAGAUUCGCCUCGAAAAGACCAACCGUGCUAUGCCGUCCUGGUGGCAACUGUCGGCUGAAAUGCAGAGCAGUACUCAGCUGCGGGAGCUGCGGGAGUUUCCAACAUUCCGAGCGGACUGCACCAAGUGCAGACAAUCUUCCAAGCAGAUGUUCAUCCAGGGAUGGACUUGCUUGAAUGCAGAGUGUGAGGGAAGUUUUGCCUUCACUCCAGCUAUCAACAUCUCCGAGUUGACUGUUGCUUCCUACCACUCCUCCUCUAUUGCCUGGUGUGUCACCUGUCACCAGGGAAGCAAGGCAAUCUUCUCCUGCGGCUGGUCUUGUCUCAACCAGAAGUGCAGCAGCUUCUUCAAUUUCCCAGCCGGUACCGAUGUCAACCACCUCACCUACUCAGAGGACUUUCUCUUAGAGCGAACAUCUUACCAGGUUCCACAACAGCCUCUGCAGCCGCCCCUCCCAGACAUAACCGCCCCAGGUCUACUGGGUACAGAGAAGGCUAUGCGUGAUGGCAUUGUCUGUCCCGAGUGUCAUCGCUGCGCAAGACGAGUGGAUUGGACAAAGUGGUCUUACGAGGACCCUCGUUGUAACUUCACCUUGCUUGCCCCGCCACUGCCGUUCCCUCUGGCCAAUGUUCUCGCCGAGAGCAAACAACAACAGAGACUCAGGAGUGGAUUCCAAUCCAAGGCCUUCAACAAACACAUCCUCCAAAGUGCCAGUCAGGCCAAUGGUUACGCGAUGGAACAGUACCUUCUCCCAGACCCCCUCAAUACUGACACCAUUAUCGGCUCAGUUACCGUUUUCCGAGCGACUCCAGCCAUCAAUGCUCGUGCUGGCGCCCCCGACCAAAUAUGGGAUCUCCUCCAACAUGAUACCGUCCGAGACUUCGGCUUCCAAAGGAAGCCCGCGAUUCAUGUUGGCUUGCCUAGCGAGAAGUUGACCCGGAACUUCCUUCAAAACUGGGGCGCCCCUUAUAAGUUCGCAGUCAAUGUGCAUUCGAGACCAUUCUCAGAGGCACCAGAAUCCAUAAUCGGAGCACUCAAACGAAUGCAAUGGGCUGGCAAGCAAUCCAUUGCGACGACCAACAAGACCAUAGAUGCCUAUGCCCAGCAGCCCGGCUUCAGCGAGAUAGUCCCUUGCGACACGCUCACCUCGAACUUCGUUGACUUCAACGAGCUCCUUUCCAUCGGGUAUAUGGAGGAAGACAAGAUCAGUUACCAUGACGACGGCGAAGACACCUUGGGACCUACCGUGGCUACUCUAUCUUUAGGAAGUCCCGCCCAAAUGUGCUUUAAAAUGAAGCCAUCCUAUGCUGGAAAAGGCACCAAAGUUCUUCAGUUACCAAUUUUCCACGGAGAUCUGGUGGUUAUGCACGGCACCCGCAUCCAUCAGGCGUACCUGCACAGGGUUGUGCCCAAGGGCAAACGUCGCUUUGCCUUGACGUGCCGAAACAUCGUGCUUGAGACAAUCGAAGACGAUGAUGCUCGAGCUGAGGCUGCCCAGAACAGCAUCUUUCCAGAGGUUUCCGAGCUCUGGGACUACCCGAAGGAUGAAGAUGUCGAAUCCCAGAAUGAGAACGCCGGCGCUUCGAAGCGUGCCGCUGACGAGCCUCAGAGCACCACAGGUCGAACGACGAAGCGACACAAGACGGAGGCCUGA